UGCUCAUGAAAUACAGGGGUGCAACGUGUAAAAAGAAAACAAGUUAAAAUGGGGUAUUAAAAAACCUAAGCCUUCCUAAAACCCUCGAAUCAAUCACAACAUCCAGGUCUAGUUCGAGCAAUACAACAACUGAUUUGUAAAUGGCAUCUAAUGCAUCAGAGAGUAUUGGGCAAAAGCCAAAGAUACAAAUAUAUUCUACACCAAAUAAUGAAGUCACCACUUUUUGGAAAGAAAAAUAUGAAAGGGAUGCUAAGAAAUAUUGGGAUGUCUUCUACAAACGUCAUCAAGAUCGGUUUUUCAAGGAUAGACAUUACUUGGAUAAAGAAUGGGGGCAAUAUUUCUCUGAAGCAGAGGAAAAGGUUAUUCUGGAGGUUGGAUGUGGUGCUGGAAACACUAUUUUUCCUUUAAAUGCUACCUACCCUGAUAUAUUCAUUCAUGCUUGUGACUUUUCACCUCGUGCAGUUGAGUUAGUUAAGGCACAUAAAGACUUUAAAAAAGAAAAGAUAAAUGCAUUUGCAUGUGAUUUGACUAGUGAAGACUUGGUCAAACAUAUACCUCCAUCUUCUGUUGAUAUUGUAACAAUGAUAUUUGUCUUAUCUGCAGUAUCACCUGAGAAGAUGCCUCUGGUUUUGAAAAACAUCAAAAAGAUUAUGAAGCCAAAUGCUUAUGUCUUAUUUCGCGAUUAUGCUACAGGAGAUCUUGCUCAGGAAAGGCUUAUUUCUAAGGAUCAGAAAAUCAGUGAGAAUUUUUUUGUCAGAGGUGAUGGAACUCGUGCAUUCUAUUUUUCUGAGGAAUUCUUGAAAAAUUUGUUUCAAGAAAACGGGUUCCACAUUGAAGAAUGUGGUUUGUGUUGCAAGCAAGUAGAAAAUCGUUCACGUGAAAUAGUAAUGAAUCGGCGUUGGGUCCAAGCCGCCUUUCGUUUAGAUGACAAAAUCCCUAAAAUUUCAAAGGAGGCAAAAGAGGGAUUUGAUAUCGAUAUUUCUGAAGGAUUUGCUUUUGAAAUGUUUGGGAUUUCUUCACCAAAGAAUGAGAUUACAGAGUACAAGUUACGAGAUUGGAACUUUAAAAUCAAACUACUUUCAAAAGAAUUCCAACACACGUGCAAAUCAACUGGCUUAAUGUUAUGGGAAUCCGCGCAACUCAUGGCUUCCAUUCUUGCCUCGAACCAAAAUAUUGUUUCCGGGAAAACAAUAUUAGAAGUCGGGUCUGGUUCUGGCGGGAUCUGUUCCAUGAUCGCUGCCAGAACCGCCCGCCUUGUUGUCCCCACAGACGGGGACAACAAAACCCUCGAGCUUCUACAAGAAAACAUCACUUCGAAUCUUGAACAAUCUUUAAUUUCAAAGGUAAAAAUCAAGAAACUAGAAUGGGGUAAUGAAGAGCAUAUAGAAUCCGUGAAAAAAGUGAGUGGCGAAAAGGGUUUUGAUGUUGUUAUUGGUACGGAUGUGACUUAUGUUGUGGAAGCAAUUAUGCCGUUGUUUAAAACUGCAAAAGAGUUGAUUUCAAUUGAUGGAGUGCUCAUUUUGUGUCAUGUUUUUCGGAGAGUUGAUGAAGGGUGUAUACUUUCGGCUGCUUCUUGUUUUGGUUUUCGGUUGGUUGAUAGAUGGCCAAAUGUUUCCCUGAGUCCGCGUAAGAACCAAUCACAUAAAUCCCUUCGAUUCGAUACUUUAAACAACUACAAAUAUCUCCCGUCGAGGGUUUGCGUUUCUCCAUCUUCAUCGGAUCGAUCUUCGCAGCAUCUGACGUAA